UUGUUGUCCACCAAGCUAGCGUCAGUGGACCGGUGUCAGCGGCGGUGUUAUGUCACCGGAGUGUGGGACUGAGCUCCCAGGGAAGGAGCCUUGAAUUUCCAAGAAUCUGAACGAUUCAUUCAGAAACGAUAGUUUUAAACUUUACACACAACAGAGGCAGCUUCGGUGGUUGUUCCGUGGAGAGUACCCGCACUUACCUGACUGCGUGCUGAGGCGCUGUCACCGAGGCUGGAGCCGUGGCCUUGAGAGCCAAAGGAGCGUUUCCACUUGCAGCUUCGCAGAAGAAACUGUGUUUGGGACACAGAAGGAAUGUGUUUACCGACAUUUCCUGCAGUCAGGAUCAGAACUGCUGAUAUCUACCAGCAGUCAUGAAGUGGCAGUGGUCCAGUCAAACCAUUGCUUGACUCAUGGUGUCAAAGUUCUCAUAUUCCUCGUCCAACCCCUCGUCCUGUUGAAGACCAAAGCAGAGGCUUUUGAUGCAGGUUGUAUGCUGGCUGGUGUGGCUUGGCCUUGCAGGGGCACUCGCUGCUCUGCAGAAGGACCAGGUGGCCCGGCAUGCUGUCAAACUCCACCGCUUUAAAGCAGCCACACACAGUCGCAGCUGGGUGGCCAACAACUGCAAGCUGCUGGUCGGCCUCCUGCAUCGGAAGAGCGUGGUUGUCAAGAAGCUGGGAGCUGCUGUCACUGCUGUUGAACAGGAUGUAAACCUUUCUGAGGCAGAGAAACAAUUCCAGGUUCACACUCUGGAGGUUUUUCAGAAGGAGCUGAAUGAGAGUGAACACCUGGUGUUGCAGGCUGUGCAAAGCCUGCAGAGGGCGCUGCAGGGAGACUACAGGGAUGUGGUCAACAUCAAGGAGAGCAGCAGGCAGAGGCUGGAAGCCCUCAGGGAGGCAGCUAUAAAGGAAGAGCAGGAGUAUGUGGAGCUGGUGGCUGCUGAGAAACAUCAACAGGAAGCUCUUAAAAUCGCGCUGGCUCAGAACAAGAGUCUGUCCAUGCUGGACGAAAUUCUGGAGGACGUCAGGAAGGCAGCAGACCGACUGGAGGAGGAGAUAGAGGAGCACGCCUUUGACAAUAACAAACAGAUGAAAGGAGUGAACGUAGAAGCCGUGCUGCGGGUGGAAGAUGAUGAGGAGAAAGGAGGGAAGAUGAAGAACAAGUCCCGCAAGGUUGAGGUGGAGGAUGAUUUGGGCUUGAGCAUGCUCAUUGACUCACAGAACAACCAGUACGUUCUGACUAAACCGCGAGACUCCACCAUGCCAAGAGCUGACCAUCACUUCAUCAAGGACCUGGUGUCAGUGGUCAUGCUGUCCUUGCCUUGUGGGUGGAUCUGCACUCUGGUGGGCCUUCCUCCCAUGUUUGGAUAUAUCAUCUGUGGGGUCCUGCUGGGCCCCUCUGGUCUCAACAGUAUAAAGUCGAUAGUUCAGGUGGAGACUCUGGGGGAGCUGGGUGUGUUCUUCACACUCUUCGUGGUGGGACUGGAGUUCUCACCUGAACGCCUUCGAAAGGUGUGGAAAAUCUCAGUCCAGGGGUCGUGUUACCUGAGUCUGCUGAUGGUCGGGGCCGGUUUGCUGUGGGGGCGGGUUCUCCAUAUUCGACACACCCAGACAGUCUUCAUCUCCACCUGCUUGUCUCUGUCCAGCACGCCACUAGUUUCCCGCUUCUUAGCAGGAGGAAGCAGGCUGGAUAGGGAAGGUGACCUGGACUACAGCAGCGUUCUCCUGGGGAUGUUGGUGAUGCAGGACGUCCAGCUCGGCCUCUUCAUUGCCGUCAUGCCGACACUCAUCCAGGCUCAGAGUGGAGACCUAGACAGCUUCCUGUUGGGAAGUCUCCGAGUGCUGAAACUCCUGGCCCAGGUCCUGGUGUCCCUGGCUGUGGUACUGCUGCUGUGUUUGGUGCUCAGGUCCUUCCUAAUCGGUCCUUUUUACAAGAAGCUUCACACCGAGAGUAAAGGGAACAAGGAGAUCCUUGUGCUAGGGAUGGCAGCAUUUGUCUUUUUCAUGCUAACGAUCACAGAGUUGCUGGAUGUUUCUAUGGAGCUGGGCUGUUUCGUGGCUGGAGCUUUGCUGUCUUCGCAGGGUCACAUGGUCACAACGGAGGUCAUGGGGGUCAUUGAGCCAAUCAGAGAUUUCCUUGCCAUCAUCUUCUUUGCUUCUAUUGGUCUCCACGUCUUCCCUACAUUUGUGCUCUAUGAACUUACCAUCCUGGUUGUGCUGACGCUCACACUUGUCAUUAUGAAGUUUCUCAUGGCUGUCCUGGUGCUGUCUACCAUCUUGCCUCCAAGCUCCAGACAGAUAUGUUGGGUCGUCUCGGCUGGUCUGGCUCAGGUCAGCGAGUUCUCCUUUGUCCUGAGCAGCCGAGCGCGUCGAGCCGGCAUCAUCUCCAGAGAGGUAUACCUGCUGGUCCUCAGUGUCACCACUCUCAGUUUGCUGCUGGCUCCUCUGCUGUGGAGAGUCACAACUCACAGAUGUGUUCCUCGAACAGAUCGGAAAACAGUCACAUGACCACAUCGACUCCACGACCAAAACAUUCCCUCGUGAAAGCUGCCAGUAAAAUUUCCUGGUCUUUUAUGAUGGACCUAAAUGUCCUUUAUAAUCCUGAUGGACAUCUCAUCACAGGAGAGAAAAACAGGUCUGUUGAAGCUUCCUUGUAGUUUGUUUUCCUCGCAGUUGUAAAAUCUACUCAUGUUACCUAAACAGUAGGCUUAAAAUGCUCUACAUCCUGUUUGAUACUGCAGAUAUUUUUCAUAAUUCUGCUGCUAAAUAUAAAGAUCCAGAAUCUGAUGAAGAGAGACAAAACUUGAUGAAUCUUUGGAAAUGAAAAGGACCAAACCUGAUGAGAAAUAUGGAUGAGAAAACACUUAUUUUUUUCUUGACUAGGGAUUUCUGUUGUUGAAAAUCACAAUAAUAUUGCCAAUAAUUUAAUAUUUAUUGUGUAUCUUUUCAGAUCAAAUACUGUAUAGGCAGCACAUUCCUUUUAAUAAUCAGCGGUACUCAUAAUUUAUAAUGACUGUGCACUACGUGUAAUAAUACUCAGGUUUUUCUGGAAAACUGUUGUAUGUCAUUAUCCUGCACUAAAACAGAAUUAAGUCAUUGAAAAACUACUGGAGAUGGAGGAACGGCAGAAUGUAGUGACUGGUGUGACAUCUGGAGGAAGAUCCUGCACAUCUCUACUGAAACGUGUGUCUGCUCAGCUCCUUUGUGCACUUGAAAGAAAAAACACCGUGAAGCAUCAUGUCGCACUUUUUACUACACGAUAAUACAUCAUUGUCUUAUAAUGUAUGAUGUGCAAUGCAAAUGCGUGUAAUGCAGAGAAACAUGCUGUAUAUCCAUAUAUUUUCUUAUAUUUGUCUUUCGUAUGUUACUGGGGGCUUUUUUCUGUUUUAUUAAGUGCCGUUUUUUACUUGUAAAUCCCUUAUUUUGAAAAGGUUUAACUCCGCUCAGUUGUUUUGGUGGAUUAAAAAAGAAAAUGCAGAGA